GCUCAAUUUAGUCCGGAAUUUGACCACCGUAUGAGCGUCUUGAAUGACCAUUUCCGAACCUAACCGCUGCAGCGAUCUCAUACAGUAUUACAUAACGUUGAGAGAUUUGGCUGGUGACAAAGGCAGCAGUUUUGCGAAAAAUCAUUUCACUCAUUACCGAGUGUGUUGAGCUUGCUUACAUACGGAGCCGUAUUCUACUGCACCCGUGAGAUUUGAUUGGUUUUGAGAAGCUUGCGAAGUGGAAAAUCGUGGCCGAGUAAUAUCAAGGGAUGGCGAUGACCAUGGAAUACCUAAAAACGUAUCCGACAACGGCGUCGGGUUACAGAAUCGAACUGGCCAAACAGAGCCGACUACCCGAUGUACUGAAGUUUAUGAGUGAAAAUUAUCACGAGGAUGAAAAAAUUGGGAGAAUGUUAAAAGCGGGCUGCCAGACGAACCCGGACGAGGAGGAGGAGGAGGAGGAGGCUGAACGCGCUCAGGAAGACGACGACAACCUUGUCACCGCUGUUUACGAGCGAUCACCUUGUCUGAUUGCCGUUCAAAAUGGGACCGAGGAAAUCGUUGGCGUUAUUCUGACUAUUCUGAGUCGGCGAGAGGGUGAGGAUGAACGGAACGGUGCAGGAACGGCGGAGCUCUUCAAGUCUUACACGUUCAAAUCCAAGUUCGUCAAAGAUUACUACAGCUACUUGGCAAAGAUGGACGAAGAAACGGGUAUGCACCAGAGGUAUCCGGAUGCCGAAGCCGUUAUGGAAUUCUUCGCAAUCGCGGUUCAUCAGGAUCAUCGCCGGAAGGGACUCGCCAAAGAUUUGUCCGAGACUGCACUAACGAUUGCCAAAUGCAUUCCGGGACUCCGUGUUGUGUUCGGCUAUUAUUCUUCGAUCUACUCGAGGAAGGUCGCCGAAAAAAUUGGAAUGGUUAAUCUGUUCGAUUUCGAUUUGUCGGACGCGUUUAAGAACGACGAGGGCGAGCCCGUGUUCCGCGACGUUGACGGAGACAGCGUUGUUUCCGUCAUGGCCUUGGAAAUCGACCACGCAUAAUUUGCUUAAUUUUAAUAUAAGUAUGAAACAAGGCCUAGAUUCUUAAGCGAAAAAUACCCAUUGUGUCAAAAACGAUAUUCCGAAUCUUUCAUUUCGGAUUGUAUGAGAAAGAAAUAAUCAUAAUACUAAAUCUUUGAACACCCUCGUUUAUUUUGCAUCUCCGCUUAAAAGACAAUUCAUUCCUUUUUGGUACUCGGAAUUCGGUUCUUUGAACAGACGGAGUCGCUGAUAUACUUGGGUCAAUGCGAUUGCUCUACAUUCAAAUGAUAAUGACGCCAUUACGUAUGAACACGAGGAACGUGAUUCGAAAUUUAGAUAAACAAUUUUCAGCCAAACUUUAACGUUUAGAAGACAACUCACGAAAUAUUAAAGUACAUGUACUCAAAAUAUAGUAUCAUGUUUGUCGUAUAAAAUGUAAAUUACAAACUUAUUUCAUCUAAAGCAAGUAUGUUUACACGUA